CGCGGCGCACGAGGAGGGCGGAGCCCGCAUGUGGAAGACGCUGACGUUCGUGGUGGCGCUGCCCGGCGUGGCCGUGUGCAUGCUCAACUGCUACCUGAAGGCCCAGCACGAGCACCAGCGGCCCGAGUUCGUGCCCUACGCCCACCUCCGCAUCAGGACCAAGCGUUUCCCCUGGGGUGAUGGGAAUAAAACUCUGUUUCACAACCCCCACGUUAACGCUCUCCCAACUGGUUAUGAAGAUUAAAACCAAGAUCCUGACAACAGCCAGAACUUUGGCUCCCCACCUUGAAUGUUGAGUGGGAGCCAUUUCUGGGUCACAGUUUCAGAAACUCUGUGUUUCUUCUGCGAUGGAGCUGCGUGCUGUUGUGGCCCCCGUGUGUGCCUGUGAUGGGCUCCUUUAAAUAAACAACUCUGAACGUGAA